AUGCGGGCAUUCCGCGGGGCCGCCGCGGCGGGGCGGGCGAGGCGCACACCUGGGGCCGGGGCGGAGCCUCUAAGGCGGCGUCUCGAGGGCCGGGCGGGCUCGGGCCCCAGCCGAGCGGCCGCGGGAAGGACGCGCAGCAGCGGCCGGGGCUGGAGGCGCCCCCCCGGGAACGCCGGAGAGCCCGGAGAGAGUCCAGAUCCCCCGGGCGCUGGGGGGGGCCCGCCCGUCAGCCCCCCACCUCAGCCCCGCGUCCCCGGGCCCUCAGCUCCGCGCCCGCCCGAGAGCGCGGAGAGUCGGGGUUCACCCGGGCCGGGCCUCCUGCCCCCGGCGCCCAGCUGCGCUGUCGGGGAGAUCGCGAAAGGCCCCCGGGAGCCCCGGGACCCUCUGCCCGUGUGCCCGGAGCCCCCGGAGCCGGCCCGGGCGGCAGGAUCUGGCGGGGGCCGCGCACGGACUUGGGCCCCGCUCGGAGCAGGUCUGGGGCAGACGGGGGACCGCGCCCACUGCCAGGAAAAGCAAAUCACCUCCCAGACACCCCAGCCCAGGCGCCCCGGGGCAACCGGCAUCCCUGCUGGGGAGAAGCCCGCGCACGACCGAGCAGAGCCGAGAAGCCUCCAGGUGCGGCCCCAGGUGCGGCCCCAGGGCAGCCCCGAAGGCGUUCGGCGCAAACCCCAAAAGGAGCAGUCUGCCUGCACCCUCCGUCCACGGCCCCCGCCCGGCUUUGCCUUGGCCAGUGAACCCCGCAGCCACGACCCUCAGCCCACGGGCCUCGCCCACGGGUGCCGGGAGGCGGCUCCGCUGCUCCGGGAGAUCCGCAGCCGCGUCCCCCACGUCUCCGGCGGCAGCUCCGGGCCCCGUCUGCCUCCCGGGGUCCGCGGCGCCCCCAGGCUCGCCCUCCCGCCACGGGCAGAGCUUCGGGGGACGCUCACCCCAGACCUGCUCCGAGCGGGGCCCAAGUCCGUGCGCGGCGAGGUCUUGGGGGCCGCGCCGGGUCCUGCCGGCCGCUGCACGGGGCCGGCUCCGGGGGGCUCCGGGUUCGCGGGCACAGGUCCUGGGGCUCCUUCCGCGUUCCCCCCGACGUCGAGCCGGGCGGCCGCGGGCGGGGCAGGCAGGAUGCCCGGACCGGGGGGAGGCUCCCGGCCCCCCGCGAGCCCAGACUCUCCCCGCUCUCUGGGCGGGCCUGGCGCCGAGGGGCCGCGGACCCGGGGCUGA